AUGGCGACACUGGGAGCGACCGCUAAGAACGCAGGUGCGUCGCCCGAGGCAUCUACGAGCUAUCAGGCGCGUCUGCCGGACAAAAAGACCUUCAUCGCUACACUUUCCGGCGGUGCUUUCGUAGUCGGUCUUACGGGCGCAACGAUCUAUGGCCUGAGAAAGGCACGAUUGCAAGCGAUCAAGGAGGCCGAAGAACUCGCAAAGGCGGCUGCGACGUCGGGGCAGCUGCCAGGAGCAGCUACCGCGCGUGUACCGUCGUCCCUCUCACCACACUCGCUCGCCCGACCUGAGCCCGCAUCACCCGUCGAGCAGGCGUCAGGCUCCGAAGCGCAUGCCGAAGCAGAAGCUCCAGCAUCACAGGGCGCAUUUGCGCUCUUCCGCCAGAUGAACUCGGCCAUCCUAAAUCCGACUCAGAGAGCAGCUGGGACGGCAGCGCCUACAUCUGUGUUCGACGACGAGACGGGCGCGCUGCCCAGCGUGCUGCGUCGCAAACGCUCGCCAGCAGCAUCUAGCGCUAGUUCGACUAUCACGAGAGCUCCGACCGCGGAACAGGCUCCGAUCAUGGCGGCGGCGACCGCUUCGAGCACGACACUCACGCAUCCGAGCGACACCAAGAUCGACUACAGCGAGAUGGAUUCCACGCUCGACUUUCUCGGUCUCUCAUCGUCCGUUCCCGCCGACGAGCAGCAACGCAUGAAGGCGCUGGAAGAAGAAGCAUCGCGCGAGUCUGGACCCACAGGUUUCUUCCAGUCGCCCGUUGGCCUGUCUCUGAAGGCAUUCUUCAUUGCCACGUCGAUCGUCAGCUUCACGACGCUGGCAGGCGUCGAAGUGGCGAAGCGCGCAUUGGGCGUCGAAACGAUGGACGAAUUCGUCGUUGCCAUGACGCGCAUCGUGCCGAGUCGCCAGAGGGGCGAGGCGUCAUUGAAGGGCGUGGCUCCUCACAUGCAUGUCACGCGCGACGAAGCCGACCUGCCCUCGAGCGGCCAUCACGCGUCGGAGCCCAAGUCGGUUGACGAGGCGCUGACGGACCUGAGCCGCGCGGGCAGCUUCGAAGAAUGGGUAAGCACGCUCAAGACGCAGCUCGACAGCGAGCGCGAUUUCGAGGUGCAGCGUCGCUUUGCCGGUGCAUCAGCAGCGACCAACGACUCGAUCUCCACCUCGGAGCGAACGUAUGCGGUGCACUCACCCUUGGAAGACGUCGAACGCGACACUGGCACGCCCUCGAUGCUGCGCUCCGUGCUGGCCAUCUCCCCCGUACUGCCAAGCACAGCGUUUGGGCUGGGCCUUGUAUCGGGCGUGUUGACGGCGGGCAAGCGCGCCGGACUCGUGUUUAUGGCCGAAAACGCACACCGGCUGCCGGACACGGUGCAAGGGUGGUACUUUUACUCCAAGACCAAAAACUACAAGGUGAUGCUGGGUGCGGCCAAGGGUGGACUGAAGCAAGGCGUGCGGUUGGGAAUCUGGACCACCGGAUUCUGCCUGGCUGAGCGUAUGGCGGAGCUGACGCGCGGUGCGGUGCAGAGCCACUUCCGCUCUACGCCAGCGAUGGACGUACAGCGCAAGUUCAAGAUUCUGGGACACUGGACCGACGGUGCACUCGCCGGAGUGGUGACUGCCGCCGCAGCUACAACGCUGUACCAACUGCCACGGCCUGCAGCGGUGAGGGUGUUCCAGCUGGGAUUGUUGGCGGGCGCGGGUACCGGCGCCCUGAGAGAUGUGCAGGAAAGAUUAGUGCACAAGGAGAUCGGCGGUGUAGCUAGUCACACAUAG